AUGGUCAUCAAACCCGACUUCGAGACCUUCACGGGUUCUGCAAAGAUGCAUCAGCCCGUCGUCAGGUUUCCCUCACAGGAGGAGUACGUCCGUCGACUAGAGCAGGGCACCCUCAUCGAGAUGGAGAAUGAAUUGUCACAGCUCAAGAAGCUCAACGCUAGAGGAGAUACAUAUCCUGCAUGGAUCAUUGCUCCCAUUCCAGGAUGUCAGACAUCUUUUGCAACGUCCUGGCUGCUGAUGGCAAAGAACCCGCACUCUACUGAGAACGUACUGUUUCCCACGGUAGCCGACAGGUUUACCAUCGAUAUCAAGGAAAGCGUUGAGCUGCCUCAUGGCGUUUUCACUCUCUAUCAUCUCCCUGCUACGCGCAUUGAAAACCCCUUCGACAAUGUUGGCGAGCUCAAAGGGAGCUGCGUGCAGAAACUCGCCGCCUUCAAGGUGGAGGUCCCACGUUGCCAGAGAACCGACGACGGCGAACAAACCGAGCUGGAUAUCAUGGCACAUCUACAGGUGUCCGGCGCUUUGGAUAACAUUUCUGAAUGGAUCUUGGAUGAGAACAACCGGAAGAACAUCUCAAUUCGCUGGGAGGUGACAAGCCAAACCUUCGAAGCCGAACUAGAUGCGUUGCGGUUCUUUGUGGCGCCCAAGAGGUCCGAGAAGAAGGGGCCUUCACACCGUUCGAAGCUUGCGUUCGACAUGUUGCAGCAUUUUCAGCCCGAAGACCCCGAGAUAACCAAUCUCCUUGCCAAGUAUCGACAUCUUGCAGAGCCGCACAACCCCGUGCACAAGAUCUCCCCAGUUCUCGUUCAGAAAUUUGCCGACUUCAACUGUGACCAUUUGGCUGCCCAUGAGGGCCUUGGUCACAUCAAGAACGGCCUCUUUUUGGUGAAUGGGUGCCCCGGUGCUGGAAAGACCGAAUGGAAUAUGGUCAUCUCGGCACUCAUCCAGUCGCACUUUACAUAUGGCGCCAAGAAGAGACUCCUUCGUCGCCUGGUCACCGGCUUAUACCGCGACGUCCUUGCCGGCGCUGAUUUUGUCGCCACCACCCCCGUAGCCGCCUCUGGCAGCUUUUAUCAUUUCUUUCACCCAGAGAUUGUUUUUGUCGACGAGGCGCCGCAUGCUCGCGAAUUGACCACCCUGAUUCCCUUGGCAUAUUUUGAUCCUGUGGCCUGGAUCUUCACAGGCGAUGUGAAACAAACGCGGCCCUUUGUGAACGACUGCGGUUCCGCGAAAAAUGCAGAGAUUAAGGGGCUCAAGUUCAACCCCUAUACCGAACAGCUGCGGCUAAGCACAAUGGCGCGGGCAGUCGCUGCAGAUGCCCUUGAUCACAAGUUGUUAGUCAACAACCGCGCCUAUGGCAAUCUACACCGCCUCCCGUCGGCCAUAUUUUACGAUGGAGAGAUGAUCUCGGGCCACGAUGAGCAGAGUAUGUACCCCCCAAGCACUGCGUACUUGAAGGGGCAUUUGGAGAAACUGUUGGGCCGUGGAGACUUGCAGGAGAACCGGGUGGUGGUGAGCUUUGCUAGCAGUGCUGAGCAGACUCACCGGAGCAGCUUCUGGAAUCCCAAGCAGCAUAACUGGGUUGUUGAACAAGCCAAGUGUCUGCUGGGAGACUCAGAGUUUCAGAGCGUUUCUGGAACUCCCGGGACCAUCAUGAUACAAACACCCUACAGCACCGCUUAUCGGGAGUACCAAGCAGAGGUCAAGCGAUGGCCUGAGGAAUGGCAGGGCCGUGUCCAGGUCCUGACCGUGGACAAGGCACAGGGCAAUCAAGCCGACGUGGUCUUCCUCGACAUGGUGAGAACGACAUCAGUCGGCUUCAUGGACGACCCACAGAGACUCAACGUUGCCAUCACCCGAGCGAGACAGGCGGAGAUCAUCGUCAUGCACGUCCGCAUGAACUAUCGUCAGGCCAGGGGAUGUCGACGCACGAGAUACGCCACGCAGCUCUGGGCAGAUGCUCAGGUGCACCGACGCCUUGUUCAUCUGCACUAG